AUGGAAGAGUUUCGUCUCAUCCCGGUAAAGAAUUCCGGACCGAAAACUUUUUAUAAUAGACGGAGAAGCAAUUCUCGUGUACCUGGGGAUGCCGUAGAGAGGAUAGAAAAGAGUGGCACUCUUGGUGCUGGGCAGAUUUCGACAAACGGCGCAGCACCAAAUCUAGCAGCGGGUAUGUCUGUUCCUUUAGGGAACCAAGUCUCUGAGAAGCCGGGGGAGGAAGUCAUUCUAGGCGAAGAUGGGGGCCAAUUGUGCCGCACUCCGAGACAAGACGCAGCCGACCUCCCCCUUGGACAAACGGAGCUCCGACACAACGGCAUUCUGGGGCCGGACAACUUCAAGAAGAGCUCGAGGAUUAAACGCAGCCAGCGCUGGACUGCGGAACAGGACAAGACGCUUUUAGGUUUGUACCAGGAUGCGGUAGCGGACUUAAGAAAAAAUGGGGGAGAUGUUUCAUCUGCAGAGUCAAUAGAAUGUUGGGAUUUGUUGAAGACCACUGGAUUCUUACCAGUGACACAGAGUGCACAGGACUGUUUGAGUCGAUUGCUAUCACUUAAAAAGUCGCAUGGAAGCAGGAAUAACAGACGGAAGGCGGACCCAGGCAAGGAACAAGAUUCAAAUCGCUCAAAAACAGCGGACGUUACCAUGGGGAGUAUGGCGGAGAAGCCAACUCCCCCUAAGAAACGGAAGCUGCGUCAUUCCGGCUCUACAUGCAUAUCACCGAAUCGGUCAGCGCAGGAAAUUUCAUCUGACAGCGCGCCGAGGGUUACAGCCGAAAAGCCAGACGGCUCAUCACCGACUCAAAACAACGAACAGAAGUUGUCGUCAAAGAAAGGGGGCAGUGAGCCAGAUGAAAGACGUGAUGAUACUGCGGAAGAGCCCCUGCCUCCAAAUUCAACAUCGAGACCAGACGGGCAGUCAGCGGAAACAGGCGUAGUACAAUCUCGCAUUGAAGGCUCAACGGCGGAAAUUUACGACAGGACUACAGACGGGGAGACGGCCCAGGCAACGACUACUGCAAUGCGGAACGGGGAGGCACACCCGGGAUUAUCGUUGCAGAGGAGUGAAGAGAAGACGUCUGAGGAGACAACCAAUCGUAUUUGCUGGAUUGUAAGGCAAAUUGCUACACGGGGCAAGGUCUCAGACAGGACUGCCUUCAGAGCCUUCCGAUCACACAAUGCAAACUGGAGAAAAGCUUUAGAAUCAAUCCAUGUGAGCAGGGAGCGUCGGAAAAGAUCCUACUAGGCGGGCAUCACCUUUAGCUUCGAGUAGAACCAGGAGCCAAGACGAGCUAAAUUGCAUAUCCCGGAAGUAGUGGAAAAGGACCUGUUGUGGGGAGGGGAUAGACAUGCGUCUUUUUUCCUGCACAUUCAAAAACAUCUUAGA